AAAACGCAGAACGCAGCAGGACGUUGUUUCCAUGGAAACCAGUGCAACCAGGAAGUAGGCGUGAAGUCAUGUCCAGGUCUGUGAUGAAGCCCCUGGACAUUGGAGCGUCUCUCCCCGAGUCUCUCUCAAUGCUGCACCAACGCCUCCUGGUAGUUGAGGGACAGGGGGCGGAGCUAGCAAAGAAGCUGGGUGUCUCUGGAGAUGAGCUAGGGGCGGAGUUUAUGGACAGCUCACGAUCUGAGGCUCUGGUGGCAAGAAUGUGUCGAAUUGAGAGUCUCUUACACACACUGAGGCUGAGCGUGUUCCGUAUCGAGACGGCGAGAGAACUCAACUCAUCCCACACAGUGCAUUUGCAGGAGCAGCUCAUGGCUCUUCAGGAGCAGUAUGAGGAGGAGCAGCGCUCCUCACAGAGGGAGGUGAAGCGUCUGAGGGAUCAGCUACAGCAGGAGAGAGAGGAGGCACAGAGGGAAGCGCACACACUGCGGGAACAGCUGCACAUCUUGCACUGCUCUCAAAUGGACAACGCUGUAGCAGCAGAAGAGAUAAAGAAGGUCAAAGUUCAGCUGAGCCGGAAGCUCCAUCAGAUGAAGGAGGAGCUGGUGCGGGAGACGGCGGCCUGUCUGGAGGCUAAGCAAUCCCAUGAUGCACUGCUGCAGAGAGUGAAGGAGAUGGAAGGAGAGAUGGAGAGAGAGAAAGAACAGGUGAAGCUUCUUCAAGCCGAUUGCCAUUCCCUAGACGCUGAAGGACAGGAGGUGAGGGCGGAGCUAGAGGAGAAGGUGGAGCUUAUACAGAGCUUGCAGGAAGAGUGUCAGCAGCUGAGGCAGCAGUUCGAGGAGAAGGACAUUCUUACAUCAGACUUGUUUGCUGAGUUAAAGAAUGUGAGAAUAACUCUGCAGAAGCAGCAGCAGGAGAACAGUACACUCCUCAGGAGCAGAGAAGAACUGAGAGCAACUACAGAUAAAGUUCAGGCACUGAAUGAUCAGUUAGAGGCUCAGUGCGCUGACCUGAGUUCAGCUCUUCGCUCUCUUACUGAAGAGAAAGCACAACUGCAGGCCACUCUGAAGAUAGAGCAGGAGCACACUGUCCAACAUCUGAAGGAUGCUGACCUGCAGUUAGACGCAGCCAAGAGGAACAUCCAGCGUGAAGUGCAGGAAGCUCGAGCAGACAGACGUCUGCUAAAUAAAGAACUUAAAACUCUGAGGGUGGACCAUAGCAGACUGCAGCAGAGCUCAACUGCUGCCUUGGAUGCUGCUGUCAAUCAUCAGGAGCUGCUGGAGCGCAAGCUCCAGAGAUUGCGGGAGGAGCUGUGCAAGGCAAUUAAAGAGGGCGAGACCAUGCGGAAAGAGAAGGGGGAGGUUUGUGCGGAGCUGGAGGGUGUGAGAACAAACUACAAAAGCCUGCAGGAGCAACUCAAACAGGUGCAGGAAGAGUUAAAGGUGACGGAGUGCCAGAUGUGUGUGUUGCGUUCAGAGAUAGAAUACAUUCAGCGAGAGAACCUCAUGCUGAAAGAUCAGCUACACAACGCACACAUGAAGAAAACUGAGACUCUACAAACUGAACUGGAAGAUAAACUGGAUGAGUUACAUACACUUGGGAGUCAGAGAGAGGCGGAGCUACACAAGGCAAAACAAGAAAUUAACCAACUGACCAAGCAAGUUGACAAACUCCGGAGAGCAAAGCAUCAUGGGAGGAUGUCAGCUCAGCGGGAAGUGUGUGAGGUGCCUAACAUACCUCUCUCUCUCUCUCUCUCUCUCUCUCAAUUGUGAAAUGACGUUGCGUCUCUGCAGGCUAAGCUGCUCGAUGUCUCCUCCAGCCAGCAGGAGGAGCUGCAGACAGAAAGACGCCUCACACACACACUGCAGAAGAAAUGCCAGAUGUUGGAGGCGUGUGUGGUGAAGCUGAAAGAGGAAAGGGAUGAAGUUGAACGGAAGAUGAAGGAGGUCCAACUCGAGUCCCAGCAGAUUUCGGAGAACCUGCAGGAGGCGCACAGCUGGUUCCGCUCCAAAUUCGACAGCUUGAAAAGUGGAUCAGAUCACAAGGAGCGAACCGGAUAUGAGACUUCACCUGCACAGGAUCCCAGUGAGAUGGUGUGUGUGACCGGGCCUGAGCCUGAGCUGGAACGCUGGGCUUUUACACUACAACGCUGGGAGAUGAAGAAAGAGCUGGACCACAUGGCUAACGGCUAUAAAACUGCAGCACAAUCACACUCGCUGACAUAACACACACACACACACACACACACACACACACACACACACACACACACACACACACACUAUAGAAAAGUGCCUCAGUUGUACAGGAACACAAGAAGCUCCUGUAUGUCCUCAGGAUCACAUAUAUUUAUUUACUGUUAAAACAGAUCAUUUAUUUUUGUAGCAAAUUAAAUAAUUAUGAGUGUAUUUUUCUGUGAUAGAUUCCGUCACCUGUCCAGGGUGAAUCCUGCCUCUCACCUGAAGUCACCUGGGAUUGGCUCCAGCUCACACACAACCCUGAUGUGUUAAUAAGUGCUAUAGAUAAUGAAUGGAUGAAUGGAUGGAUGGAUGGAUGGAUGGAUGGAUGGAUGGAUGGAUGGAUGGAGAAACCUAACACACAUACUCUAUUAGGGUUGUUAGAAAUUACAUUGGUGCUUGAAAGUUUGUGAACCCUUUAGAAUUUUCUAUAUUUCUGCAUAAAUAUGACCUAA